AUGGGCGGCCCCGUGCGCCCAGAUGGCCACCGUCGUCCAGACCCUCGCCGCAGAAUACCCUGCCACGAACCCCCAACGACGCUCUGGGCCUCCGUGAACGCCGAAGAACUCGAAGACAUCUCAGAGGAGUACGAGGUCAACGUCGUUCCGUACAUCGUCAUAUCGCGGGACGGGCAAGUCCUCGAGACAGUGAGUGGAACGAGCGCCGCCAAAGUUCGAACCGCUAUCCAGACUCAUGCCGGAAAAGCUGCCGAUGGCGAGGCGGCGCCGUCGACCAGUGCCGUGAAUGGGGUUUCUGCUACCGAUAAUGUUGCCCCCACUUCCGCCGAAGGGGAGGAGGUUUCGCAGGAUCCUGCGAAGGCCAAGGAAGAGCUCUUCAAUCGGUUGUCGGACCUCGUCAAGGCAGCCCCCGUCAUGCUCUUUAUGAAAGGCACCCCAAGCGAGCCCCGUUGCGGCUUUUCGCGUCAAUUGGUCGCUAUCCUCCGUGAGAACUCGGUCAAGUACGGCUUCUUCAACAUUCUCGCAGACGACGAAGUUCGCCAGGGUCUCAAGGAGUUUGCCGACUGGCCCACCUUCCCCCAGCUCUGGAUCAACGGGGAGCUUGUUGGUGGCUUGGAUAUCGUCAAAGAAGAAAUCGCAAACGAUGCCGACUUCCUCAAACCCUACAGUGUGGGCGGUGGUGACGUCGCCAUGGCUGAGUAA